AUGUCAAAUAUUAAGAAGGUCUACAAUGCAAAGCGGGAUUUGUUAUUAUGGGCCGGGAGCGUUGCAUCAUGUGAGCAUCUCAGAAAGGGCCCCUCCGCAGCCUUAGAAAUCAAACAGUAUAGGCAUGAUGCAAGGUCCAGCAAGGAGAAAAGGACAG